GCCCCCCGCGCUACGUCACUUCCGCCUUCAGGGUGGGGAAGGGACAUGGCGGAAGCGGAGGAGCAGGCGCCGGUUUCGCCUCAGGGCGAGGGCCGAAGCGGGGCCGGGGAAGAAGCCCCGGAAAGGCCUCCGGAGAGCGGAGCGGCGUUGGGCGCUGGCUCGCCGGCCGCCUCUCCUGCUGGCUCGCCGGGCACCGAGGAGCCCGCCGGUGACGCCAAGAAGAAAAUUGACGUCCUGUUGAAGGCUGUGGGCGAUACCCCCAUCAUGAAGACCAAGAAGUGGGCCGUGGAGCGCACCCGCACCAUCCAGGGCCUGUGUGACUUCAUCAAGAAAUUCCUGAAGCUGAUGGCCUCUGAGCAGCUGUUUAUAUAUGUAAACCAGUCUUUUGCUCCAUCUCCAGACCAGGAAGUUGGGACCUUGUAUGAGUGUUUUGGAAGUGAUGGGAAGCUUGUACUACAUUACUGCAAAACCCAGGCAUGGGGAUGAAUCACAAGCAAUAGAGUUGCUUAGGUGUGAUCUUCAAAAUGGGAGGACUGACUUUCUGGAACUCAGCCUGUAAACACACAGAAUUUGGGGAUUUCUGCUUGACUGUACACUUAGAAAAAUGAUGCAGUUGAAUAGCAUGAAGGAAGAGCUACCAAGGCUGUCCAAUUGCAUAGCUUUUCAUUAAUGUUCAUUUUGGGUCCAGAAAAAAAUUCCUGUAUCUGCUAUCUGUAGAACAGAGCCAGCUCUUCUGCUGCUGAGCUCCCAGUUACGGCAUAUGAAGGGAAGCUUCUUCGUAAUUGUCUUAAGGACUGGGCAGUACUGUCUCUAUAUGCUGUAUGGAACGAAAGAGUUCCUUUUUAUUAAAAGUGGUGUGAGUUGCACACAACCUGGAAUUCAGUUUGCUUUGGACAUGUACGCCUAUUGCAUGCAUUCUGUACUUUUUGAAGUCUUCAUCUUGAGCAUGCAUUAUUUCAUUUCAAGAAGACGUUUUGAAUUUUUCUGCUAAUAAAUAUGCAGAUAUUCAACCUCUGCUGCCUUCAUAUUGGCAGUGUAAGUACCUUAUUUAUAUGACACGGCAUAUUGAUAUGCCUCAGAAAUACAUCCUCCUGUGAAAUUGUGUAUUACUGGAUAGAAGGCUGAACAGUUGAGUAAUUGCUGGACUCUUUUACUUCUGGCACUGUUUAACCCACUAGCAAAAGUUGUUGGAUGACAUGGGGUGCUCAGUCUGCUUACUCUCACGGUGCUCCUUUUGGCUAUUCUUGUUUUCCUGCUUCACUGGUUGUGUGUUCAGUCAUCAAAACAUAAUGUGCUUCAUAUCCUAGUGCUAAGUAUUAAUGUAAUGAGGAUUUUUGUUUAAUUUUUCACCCUUGAGUGGACUUGAUACUUUGACUAGGGUGCCAAGCUUUCCUCUACUGGAGGGUUGGGGGUGUGGUGGUUUUAUUUAUUGGAGGGUUGGGGGGGAUGGGGGUGGUUUGUUGUGGGCUUUAGCAUUUGUUGUUUGUUUGACAGUGGAGGUGAGGGUUUUUCUGUUGGUUUAUUUUAAAUCUAGUACUAUCUCUUAUGCUUGUGUAAGCUGUACUAAAGUAAAUGUUAGUUGCCUGCUUGCAUAGUGUUAUGCUGGAUGACAGUCUUGGUCCCUGGUAUAAUCCGUUUCUUCAGCACAUUCAGUCAAAACAGUCUCUUCCAGUUUAAAGCAUGCUUUUGGAGUAGCCUGAGUCAUUUGUUGCAAUCUGAUGUACCCUGUAUGCCUGGUAUAAGUGGCUCUGCAACCAAUGUAUCCAAUUGUUUCCAUCUUUCCAGAUCUUCUGAAGAACCAGUACCCAGUUAACCUACUGACCUGCUGCAGUGUCUGUGCAGUGAAACAGGCAGGAUGCAUACCUUGAAUGUGUUACACUUGUUAAGAGAAUUAUCACUUUUUUUAGUGGGAAACAUAGAUAAGAAUCUAUUGCAUUCAGCUAACAAGGCAGAAUUGUUUGCAAACUUAAACUCUUCAAAUAAUUCAUAACUUUUACUGUUCAGAACCUUGAUCUAGCUCAUGGAUCUUUGAUGUAACAGAACUAGUGCAGAGGUGGGCACUAAUUCCCUCCCUCCUGGUGAAGAAACUGCCUGCUGGUUACUGUAAAGACAGUGUAACCUUGUGUAGCCACUAGAGGGUACACAAGGACAAAGAUUCUUGCAUCAUUUUUCUGUUGUUUUUUUUUUUUCCCCCAGUCUUUUUCGUAUGUCCACUUUGCCCACCCUACAAAUGUACGUGGUUUGUUCUCCUAUGUGGCAGUAUGUUUGCACAAGAUAAGCUGGUAAUCUGACUGUUUGUUCUUUUGGUGCCUUUCACCUCAUUUGAUCUUAACAAAUGAAACAAUUGAUGUGGUGCAAAUGUGCUCUUAAAGAAUGAUGCAAGAAUUUGUGUGUUUAGGUUUGUUUUUAAAAAAAAAAACUGCACCGGGAUCCUUAAGCUAAGGACUACUGUAUUUUAUUUUAUUUUCUCAACUAAUGAGAAAAGGUUAUAUAUCCUUCGUGUUGAAUCUAUAGGUAAAUUUUAUCCUCAAGUCUAUAUACAUGUACUGUCCCCGUCCCUUUAGGGGUAGUGGUCCAUUAAAAUAAAACCCACAUAGAAAUUUGCUUUUGGUCACCACAAGCUCUUCUGCAUUUGGAUGACCUUCUCAUACAGAUUUGAACUGUGCAUUUCUUUAAGAUUCAGCGUGUUCCUUGAGCCAAACUUAAUUAUUACUCCUUGUUCCAAUAUUUUGCUUUCUAACACAGUCUCCAAUGUUUGCUUUAGCUAGCAUGUACUUAGUCAUUUCGAUAACUUAUGAAAAUUCCUCAAUUACCUUAAUUCCAACUUCUUUUAAUUUUUUUUUGUCAGAUUUCUUGAGGCCAAAUCUAUUGAACUUCCGUACUUGUUACAAGUGAAACAGUCAAAAUAAUAAGUUAUUUGCAGAAUUCAGUUGGUCAUUCAGCUGCAGUAAGUUGUAAGGCAUAAUGUUACCCUAAAACAAUCCCCUGCUGUGGGUUUGGGGUGUGUUCAUGUUCAGCAUAAGCAAGUAUGUAUGCAUACAUGCAUACCUCAAUCAGAAAGCAAGGAUUGUUCAAGAUGUGUGGAGAAAGCCAUGAAAAUGCAGAUCAUAGAGAAUUCCCCCUGGUGGGUCUAAGUGUACCUAAUUGUUCCUGAUAUGUAUUUGAUUAGAAAAACAUGAAUACUCACAUGAACUGUGUGUACACUGUUUUCUGGUAACUAAUACUACAGUAUUCUUUCUUAAGGUGUUAUUUUCCAACUGCCUUGCUGCUGUGUACCCCUAUAUAUAUGGGAUCUCAUCUGAAAGUAAUGCCUCCCAUUUCAUUAUGGUGUCACAGGCAGGAUGGAUGUGACAUGGCAGCAGAGGUUGAUUGAGCCUUCCCACCAAUAUUCCACUACAUGCUGUUGUUGUGUGACAGAUGGCAGCUGAGGGGCAGUCUGACAAAAUGCCAUCUGACUUGGAAGUGCAGAUGAAGCAAAGGUGUGUCAUGAAAUUCCUCCACGUGGAAAAGAUGACACCUGCUGACAUUUACUGAUGCUAGCUGAACGUUUAUGGAGACCAAUCAGGCUGUGAGCAGAGUGAAGCGGUGGGUGCUGUGUUUCAGCAGUGGUGACAGCAAUGUGAAAGACAAGCCAUGUGCUGGACAGCCAUGCAGACUUUUUUAUAAGAGCAGCAUGCAGGCUCUUGUUCAUUGCUGGCAAAGAUGGUGGUGACUGUUGAAAACUAGUGUUUUGUAGCUGAGCAUUUGCUCUAUCGAAUGGUGUUAUUCUGCUCUUUGUUGUAGUUUCAAUGAAAACAAGUAGGAGGCAUUACUUUCAGCUUUUCAUUACUUUCAACCUGCAUGAAUCUCCUGUCUUUUAGUUUAAAAGCAUUUCCCCUUGUUCUGUCAUUAUCAGACCAUGCAAAAAGUCAGUCUCUCUCCUGAUUUAUAGGCUCCCUCUAAGAACUGGAAGGCCACAGUGAGAUCUCCACAGAGCUUUCUCUUCUUCAGGCUGAGCAAGACCAGCCGCUUCAGCCUUUCUUCAUAGGAAGUACUCCAGCCCUCUGGGCCUCUCUGUGGCCCUCCUCUGUGCUCCCUUUAGCAGCUCCACAUCCUUCCUGUGGUGAGGGCUCCAGGCCUGGAUGCAGUACUCCACUUGGGGGCCUUGCAAGUGCAGAGCUGACAGGGACGAUCACCUCCCUGUCCCUGCUGCCUGUGUCAAAGUAAUAUUAACUGCUACAGUAGGAGGGAAAAAAAAAUGUAUGAAAGUAAGGACUGACAUUUUGGACAAGCCUGUAAGAAUGGUACAGAACAAAAGAAAAAAAAAAAAAGAAGGCCUAAAAAGUGGAGACUUAGAAGAGUAUUGUGUUCCAUCCAAAGAUGCUUAUCAA